CUUUUAUCGUUUUAACUAUUUUGCAUCUUCAAGACCGUCGUUAAAAUGCUAAAAAUUUGCAUAUUUUAUGGAAAAUUUAGAAUAGCUGAGCCGAAAACAAACAUUCCUGGGAACUAACUUACACACUAGGUCCCAGUUCUGACUCGGCAAUUUCUGUAAUUAGCGGUUAAUUAUUGCUGUCGUCAUAGAGACGAGUGACAAGGAAAAUUAGAUUCUCCUGUUUUAGAUCCUAUCUUGGCUCGUUUUGGUCCGUUCCAGCGAAGGAUUGAAACCUCAACAUGGCGGUGCAAUACGCUCCCAUGAAACUACGAGUUCCGCCCGGUUUUCAGAAUUUAUUGGAAGGGUUGGCGCGGGAGGUAUUGCGAGAACAGCCUGAGGACAUCAUCAAUUUUGCUGCACAGUAUUUCAGAAACCAACUUCUAAUCCGAGAGGAAACCGGCAAAGAUGAUGCAAGAAAGGGUGACCAAAUGGAAAGACUGCAGAAAGGAGAAGAAGUUGACAUCGAUCCAAAUGAUCCUGAAGUACAAAAAGCUGCAACCAAAAUCCAAGCAAGCUUCCGUGGGCACAAGGCCAGGGAGGACGUCAAGAAACACAAAGAUGAAGAAACUGCAGCUGUCAGAAUUCAGGCUAGUUUCCGUGGUCACAAGGCUAGAGAACAAGUUAAGGAGAUAAAGGUUUCACAAAGCAAGGAACAGGUAUCGGAAAGUGUUGAUGCGGCUGAAGAACCUCAACAUGCUGAGGAAACUCCAGAUGCUGAAGUAGCUGAGGAACCUGAGAAGCCAGAGAUUGCCAGUGAGGGCCAAGCUGCAGAAGUACCACCUGACAAACCAGCCGCAGCAGUAGAAGCAGAAGCUGUCACUCAAGAAUCAGAAACUGAAAAGGGGGAGCUUGUGGAGCAAGAUGGGCUACCUGAUGAUGCCAUCACCACUGGAAGUGCAGAGGUAGCAGAUGCAGUCGAUAAGGGAGAAACUGAAGAUGUUCAAGCUGAAGAGGCUCCUGGAGAGACAACAGAAGCCACUGAAAAAGAUGAGGGUGAAGAUGAACCAGGCAAGGAAGCCGAUGAGGCAGUUGGGGGGGAGGUAGGAGGUGAGGAAGAGCAAAUAGAUCUAGAUAUGAAUGAUCCAGAUUUGCAGAGUGCUGUAGUUAAGAUUCAGGCUAGUUUCCGGGGUCACAAAGCAAGGGAAGAGGUAAAGACCUUGAAAAGCUCAGAGUCUUUACCUCAAGGUGAUGAUGAACAGGUACCAUCAGAGGAAAAACCUGAUGACAAAAGACAGGAAGAAACUGAGGAUACUGAAAAACAGGGAGAAAUUGAGGGUGAAGAGAAACUGGGAGAGAUUGAGGGUGAAGAGAAACAGGGAGAAAUUGAGGGUGACGAGAAACAGGAAGUAUCCAAGGGAGAUGGAGAUACGGGUAACGAUGAUGUCGAGCCAUCAGUAACAGAAGAUGCUGAUGAUUCUAAACCAUCAGAAGAUUAACUUUAAUCAUUAUGUUAUUAAUAAACUACGGUGGAGGUGCAUUGUAUCUAUAAUUGUUAAUGCUUUAUUAUGCUUUAUUGCAGCUUUAACUUAACAUUGCAAGUGAUUGUGUGAUUCGUAAUAUUCGAGUUGUACCACAAUGUUGCUAUUUCUGUAGCAUGAAUUUUAUGUAAAAGUUACUUCCAGACUCAAAGUAAAAGUUGUUGUAGAGGUUUGUGGCAAACAUAUUAAUUUGAAGAUAUAAAAGUCCAGGGUAUAAUGUAUAUAGAAUAAUAUUUCUUGUUUUGGUCUGUCCACUGGAUAUUAACUUAAUUUUUCAUAGAAACUGUUUGUGCCUAGGCAUUUAAGAAUAAGUUAUUGCCAAUUAGCUUUAAGUCCGUAUUUUUUAACCAGAUUCUUUAGCAGACCAUUUCGGUAUUUAUACAUAACUCCAGUGCACACUCAAAGGUAACUACAAAUCACAUUCUUGUGGCGUGUUCAUCUUGUAACAUAGUCACUUUGAUCAUAGUUGUAAAUGUACAUGAAGCACUAAAUUAGGGAGGUGCUAUAAUUUAUUGUUGAAUAGAGCUAUUUUCAAUUGAGUGUUUUAAAACCAAAACAAAACCAAUUACUCACCAAUUAGAUUACUCAGCCAAUCUAAAACCAUAGUUAAACCAAAGCCAAGGUUACCUGAUUAUAUUACUUUCGACACUCAACUUAAAACUGUUCUAAGGAAAUUUAAUUUAUGUCUCAUGAAUAAUGUGAUUGUAUGCAAUAAUAAUGUAGCAUGUGUUGAUUAGAGCUUCACAUUUUACAACUUUCACUGUACCAAGUGUAAGAGAUGUUUUUGUCAUGUAGAAUUUUAAUUUUAGUGGGUUGUGUUUAAUAAUUUAAAGUAACUGGCUUUCAUACAAGACCAACACCAUCAGAGAGGUAUCCUACAGCGUAAUUGAGAUUUGGAUGGCCAUCUUAUGACUCCUAAAUAAUCUACACCCACAAAAAGAAUAUUUUCAUUAUUUAAUAAUGGUAAUUUUUUUAUAGGUGCAAAUUAUUGUUAGUUUCUCAUUAAGUUGAAGACAUUAUACACAGCUAAUUAGAAAAGCUGUUGUUUUGAUGGACUGUGCAUCAUCAAUAUUAAAAAGGUUGGACAUAUUUUAAAUCUCAAUUUCUUUUUGUGUGUGCUUGGGGAUCACACAGCCUAAUAGUCUGUACCGUUGUAUUACUUUUAGGAGAAGGUAGAACUCCAAAUUGUGAAAAGAUUGAUCUCAAAAAUGAUUGUAACCAGGAUUAUAGAUGCGUAGUUUAUGGGCAGGAAAAAAUGAAAUCUCAUGUUUAGGAAACAGACUUGGUGCAAGGUUGUAGGUGCACAGGCCAGAAAAUCUUUCUGAACUUGUUAACAGGCCUGCUUAGGGUUUUUGUAGCUACAUCCCUGUUGUGUGGAUGAAAACAUUUUGAAACAAGCAUUAAUUAACUCAGAUAAUUUUAACCACAGUUCCAGACAAGAAUGUAACCUCUUCUGUUCUUAAAGGAGAAAGAGUGGAAACCCUCAUAACGAGAUUGCUUGGAUUUUAUUGCUUUGAACCCCAAAAGAAAUUAAUUUCCAUAAUUUAACACCCUUACUACUAUGGGCAACUUUUUUUUCAGAAAGGUGUAAACAUGACAAUAAUUAUUUAGGAUUGGUGAGAAAUUGUUAUACUGCUAUAAUGAUAGUUUAAGAGUGGAGUUUAAGGUUGUUUCUUAUAAAUAAAGUUAAUGUACAUUAUUUAUUAUCCAAAACCACACGAUAGUACUUGUGUCAGUAAUAUCACAUAAGCAUAAUGCUAACUGUACUGUUGGAAUGUUCUUUAUGAGUUUUAGUAGUUAUUCUCUAGUUCAGAAGAAUGUUGUAAUAGACUACAGUGUGUUAUGUCUGUACAAAGGAGUUUAAAAAAUGAUGGUUUUACAUUAAAAAUAUGAUGGACAUUUUGCAAUUAAAUAAAGUAUCAUGGAAAGUUUUUGAAAAUUGCAAA